UUAUUGGUUAAUGUUUAUUUGUGUAAAAUAUUCAAUUAUUCAUAUGAAAUAAAAUAAAAAAUUAAAAAAAAUUUUCUUCGGUUUCAUCUUGUUCACAAAAAUCAGUUUCAAAUCCCUUAGUUUACUGAUGAAAAUGCAAAACCAAACUACGAAGGCACUUUUUCACAAAUAGAGUAUUAAUACGCGAAAUUCAUCGACGAUGAGGUGUGGGCGGAGAAGAAAUCUUCUCCUACAUUACCAAAUUUGGGAAGGGAACCGGAAUAUCGGUGGAAACUACUAUAAAUCCCAAGUACAGAGGAGCCGGUGACUAACUCAUUAUCACCGCUGACUUUUCUUCUGAAACUGAAAAAGCUGAAACUUUUCAAAACUUUCACAAAUCUUCAUCAGUACUCACUCGAUAAUUUUUUUUAUCCGCUUAUACGCUUUUUACGCAACCAGAUUUAUCCAGAUUUUAGAUAUCCAGAACCAGAUUUUUACAGAUGA